UUUGAAUCGUGGGACCCGUUGGCAGAGGUGGCGGCAGCGGCAUGGGUUCCCCGAUGUUGCCCCCUGCCUGGCAGCCCUUUCUCAAGGACCACCGCAUCUCUACAUUCAAGAACUGGCCCUUCUUGGAGGGCUGCGCCUGCACCCUGAAGCGGAUGGCCGAGGCUGGCUUCAUCCACUGCCCCACUGAGAACAAGCCAGACUUGGCCCAGUGUUUCUUCUGCUUCAAGGAGCUGGAAGGCUGGGAGCCAGAUAACGACCCCAUAGAGGAACAUAAAAAGCAUUCAUCCGGUUGCGCUUUCCUUUCUGUCAAGAAACAGUUUGAAGAAUUAACCCUUGGUGAAUUUUUGGAACUGGACAGAGAAAGAGCCAAGAACAAAAUUGCAAAGGAAACCAACCAUAAGAAGAAAGAAUUUGAGGAAACUGCAAAGAAAGUGUGCUGUGCCAUCGAGCAGCUGGCUGCCAUGGACUGAGGCCUCUGGCUGGAGCUGCCUGGUCCCAGAGUGGUUGCACCACUUCCAGGGUUUAUUCCCUGGUGCCACCAGCCUUCCUGUGGGACCCUUAGCAAUGCCUUGGGAAAGGAGAAGAUCAAUAUUUUCCAAUUAGAUAUUUCAGCUGUAUCUUGUUUUGUCUCGAAAGUGGCACCAGAGGUGCUUCUACCUGAGCAGCGGGUACUGCUGAUAACAGUGACUGCCUCUCUCUCUCUCUCUUUUUUUUUUUUUUUUUUUUUUGGCUUAUUUUUGUCUUCCUGAUUCCCGGACUUACGAGGUGAGAAGUUGGGGAGGAAGAAGGUGGUGUCCCUUUUGCUAGAACUGACGGCUUUGUUGGCGUGGGCAGAGCCUUCCACAGUGAAUGUGUCUGGACCUCAUAUUGUUGAGGCUGUCACACAGUCCUGAGUGUGGACUUGGCAGGUGCCUGUUGAAUCUGAGCUGCAGGUUCCUCAUCUGUCACACCUGUGCUGCCUCAGAGGCCACUUUUUUUUUUUUUUUUUUUUGGUAGAUGCAUGACUUGUGUGUGAUGAGGAGGGGAAUGGAGACAGAGUCUCUGGCUCCUCUACUGUUUCACAACGUGUCUUUCUUAUUUUGUUUGAAUUGUU